AUGGAGGCUUUCCCCGGCGGCAAGCUGGAGCAACACCGGCACCUCCCGCCCGUGGAGUGCCUGCCGGGCGCCCGCUACGGCGGCCGGAGUCACAGCGCCUGCGGGAACGUCUUCAACUCCUGGAACGACUACCUGGGGCUGGCCACGCUCAUCACCAAGGCCGUGCGCCCCGGCAAGGGCUUCGGCGCCGAGCCCCCCUCGGUGGUGGUGGCGGCCGCCGUGCCGCCGGCCGAGGAGGAGGAGGAGGAAGAGGAGGAGGAGGAAGAGGCGGCGGGGCCGUACUUCGAGGGCGCGCUGGACUUGCACGACCUGGACCUCUGCGGGCAUCACCACCACCACGGCGAGGGCCUGCUGGAGGAGCGCUUCGCCGACUUCAGCCCCUUCCCCGGGCGCGGCGGCCCCGCCGCCGUCGUCUUCGACUGCUCGGGGGAGCACCCGGGCCGGGAGGGCUCGCCCCACGCCUGGGGCGGCGUGGUGGUGGCGGGGCGGCUGCCGACCCACCCGCGGGCCGCCGCCCGCCUGCUCAAACCCGAGCUGCAGGUCUGCGUCUUCUGCCGGAACAACAAGGAGGCCGUGGCCCUCUACACCACCCACAUCCUCAAGGGACCCGACGGCCGCGUCCUCUGCCCGGUGCUGCGGCGCUACACCUGCCCCCUCUGCGGCGCCAGCGGCGACAAUGCCCACACCAUCAAGUACUGCCCGCUCUCCAAAAUGCAGGCGGCCAAACAGCUCAGACACGCCCGGACCGCCCUGGGGAAGAAGGGCCGUUAGGCGCCGGGACCCCGGCGGCGGCCCUGGCCUCCUCCCGGCUGCUCCCUCUGGGGUUGUGGCCUUA